AUGACACCAAAAAGUGGAAGCUUCGGGAAGUUUGGCAACCUGACGAUCCUGCCACCGGAAAGGGACAGUUUCGAGAAGGAGAUCGAUCGGAUUAUCGAAGCCGGAACACGAGAGCAUCCGCUGCACGUGAUCGAUCUGGACGAUGUCGUCCGAAAGCACCUAAACUGGCUGCGUACGAUGCCGCGCAUUACUCCGUUCUACGCCGUCAAGUGUAACGAUGAUCCAGCGAUCCUGGCCACGCUGGCUCGUCUCGGAACCGGGUUUGAUUGUGCAUCGGAACCCGAGAUACGUUCGAUACUGGAGCUGGGUGUGGAACCGGAGCGGAUUCUGUUUGCUCACCCAAUCAAAUCCCUUCCAGCGCUCGCCUUUGCUCGAUCGCACGGCAUUAGGCGGAUGACGUUCGAUAACGAGUUUGAGCUGGAGAAAGUAGCCAAAGAGUAUCCGGAUGCAGAGUUAGUGCUUCGUAUCCGGCACGAUGCAGGUCGGGCGUUGAUUCCGCUAGGCAAGAAGUUUGGAUGUAAUCCACGCGGAGAAGGACUUCGAUUGAUGGAUCGUGCGCAGGAGCUCGGUGUGAAAAUAAUUGGCGUUAGUUUCCACGUUGGGUGUGGUAGUUUAGAUGCGGAUUGCUUCUAUCAUGCGAUCGAAUCCGUUCGCGUAGUGUUCGAUUACGCUCAAUCGAAGCUCGGUACGCGGUUGGCAUUGGUAGACAUCGGGGGAGGAUUCCCCGGAGAUAAUGAUAAACCGAUCCAGGCGUAUGCUGAAGCAGUACAGAGGGGUCUGCAGGAGUUCUUCCCAAACCCCGAAGAAGUGACCGUGAUUGCGGAACCUGGCAGAUACUACGUUGGUUCCGCCGUCACACUCCUUUCGACCAUUCAGGGCAAGAAGGUGAUCUAUGACGAUCAAUCCGGGGAGCGAAAAAAGAUUGACCAGAUCAUCUACUUCAUCAAUGAUGGCGUGUUUGGGACGCUGUUUGACUGGUUGAGCUUACGACAGAUCAAUGAUCUGCAUCGUAUCGUACCUUUGAUAAGGCCUGAGCGACGCAAUGAAGCUACCUUUCGGACCACCAUCUGGGGACCAACCUGCAACUCGAAUGACAUGGCCUGCCAGGAUGUGGACUUUCCCGAGCAUCAAAUCGGGGACUAUAUCGUGUUCGACAAUCUCGGUGCAUACGGGAUGGUCCUUGCCACCAAUUUCAACGGGUUCCCCAAAGCCACCGUGCAGGUCUAUGUCAGUGAACAUACCUGGACAUUGCUGCAACAGAUGGCCGACAUAGACUGGAAGGAAAAAACGCUUUCCUUUCUCGAGUCUACUUACCGGCAGAUCCAGAAUUGA